CUCAAGAAAAUGCGGUUUGCAGAAAAUGGUUGUUCGUGUUCGUUCCUCUCCGCUUGACUGCUUACCCACAGACAUAUAAUAGAUUCUACCUUUUCUCCAAUCACAAGCUCUCACAGAGGACUACUAUGGCGGAUUCGACGGGGACGACGCUGAUGGAUCUGAUAACGGCGGACCCUACUCCUGCUCCGGCGUCUUCCGGUGCGCCAGCUGCUCCGACUCCGGGUCCUUCUUCGGCUCAACCGACGGCGCUGGGGAAGCCGGCCACGGAGAAGAAGUCCAAGAGAGCCACGCUCAUGCAGAUCCACAGCGACACCGUUUCCGUUGCCAAGGCCGCUCUUAAUCCCGUCCGCACCAACAUCAUGCCCCAGAAGCAGAAGAAAAAGCCUGUUUCGUAUUCACAACUGGCGAGGAGUAUUCACGAAUUGGCUGCAUCAUCUGAUCAAAAAAGCUCUCAGAAGCAGUUGGUGCAUCAUGUAUUUCCCAAACUUGCUGUGUACAAUUCAGUCGACCCUUCAUUGGCACCAUCUCUUCUCAUGCUCAAUCAGCAGUGUGAAGAUAGGAGUGUUCUACGGUAUGUAUAUUAUUACUUGGCCAGAAUUUUAUCGGAUACUGGAGCGCAAGGUUUAGGCACAGGUGGUGGGAUCCCUACUCCAAAUUGGGAUGCUCUAGCUGACAUUGAUGCUGUUGGAGGGGUGACAAGAGCUGAUGUUGUACCGCGAAUAGUCGAACAGCUUACAGCAGAGGCAUCCAAUGCUGAUGCUGAGUUUCAUGCACGGAGAUUGCAGGCUUUAAAGGCUCUUACAUAUGCUCCUUCAAGCAACUUUGACAUUUUGUCGAGAUUGUAUGAAAUUGUAUUUGGCAUACUUGAUAAGGUAGCUGAUGGCCCACAAAAACGUAAGAAAGGCGUGUUUGGGGCUAAAGGUGGUGAUAAGGAGUUUGUCAUUCGGAGUAAUUUGCAAUAUGCUGCACUAAGUGCUUUGAGAAGACUUCCUCUGGAUCCUGGAAAUCCCGCAUUUCUUCAUCGUGCUGUACAGGGGGUUUCAUUUGCUGAUCCUGUUGCUGUGAGGCAUGCAUUGGAAAUUCUCUCGGAGUUAGCUACAAGAGAUACUUAUGCAGUUGCGAUGGCCUUAGGAAAGCUUGCACAACCUGGAGGUGCUUUGCAGGAUGUUUUGCAUUUGCAUGACGUUCUUGCUAGAGUUUCACUAGCCAAAUUGUGCCAUACAAUAGCAAGAGCUCGAGCACUAGAUGAGAGGCCGGAUAUAAAAUCUCUGUUCAACUCGGUACUAUAUCAACUCCUCCUGGAUCCUAGUGAGAGAGUCUGCUUUGAGGCAAUAUUAUGUGUACUGGGAAAGUACGAUAACACAGAAAGGACUGAAGAGCGAGCAGCUGGUUGGUACCGUUUAACCAGGGAGAUCCUCAAGUUGCCAGAAGCUCCAUCUGUGUCAUCAAAGGAAAAAGAUAAAUCUCAAAAGACAAGGCGUCCACAACCCCUUAUAAAACUUGUAAUGAGAAGAUUGGAGAGUUCUUUCCGUAGUUUCUCUAGGCCAGUACUUCAUGCAGCAUCCAGAGUUGUGCAGGAGAUGGGGAAAAGUCGGGCUGCUGCUUUUGCUCUAGGUUUGCAGGAUAUUGAUGAAGGAGCUCAUGUUAAUACAUUUGCGGAUACUGUGGACUCGCAUGAUUCAGAUACUAAUGAGAACUCACGCCCGGAAAAUGCCCGAAAAACAUCUUCUCUAUCAAAUGGAACAGGUGGCAAGGAUACAGUUGCAGGCUUAUUAGCUUCAUUGAUGGAAGUAGUGCGUACAACUGUAGCAUGUGAAUGUGUUUAUGUUCGAGCUAUGGUAAUCAAGGCAUUAAUCUGGAUGCAAAGCCCGCAUGAUUCCUUUGAUGAACUGGAAUCAAUUAUUGCAUCGGAGCUCUCUGAUCCAGCUUGGCCAGCAACACUAUUGAAUGAUAUUUUACUUACAUUGCAUGCUCGUUUUAAGGCAACUCCAGAUAUGGCUGUCACUCUUCUUGAGAUUGCAAGGGUUUUUGCUACUAAAGUUCCUGGGAAGAUUGAUGCUGAUGUGUUACAACUACUAUGGAAAACAUGCCUUGUUGGGGCUGGUCCUGAUGGAAAACACACAGCUUUGGAGGCAGUCACUAUUGUACUUGAUCUACCACCGCCACAACCUGGGUCAAUGUUGGGGCUUACAUCAGUGGACAGUGUUUCUGCAUCUGAUCCAAAGUCGGCACUGGCAUUACAGAGGCUAGUACAAGCAGCAGUAUGGUUUCUUGGAGAAAAUGCAAAUUAUGCUGCGUCUGAAUAUGCUUGGGAAUCUGCAACCCCACCUGGUACAGCAUUAAUGAUGUUAGAUGCAGAUAAAAUGGUCGCUGCUGCCAGUUCCCGUAACCCUACUCUAGCUGGUGCAUUGACUCGGCUUCAAAGGUGUGCCUUCAGUGGCAGUUGGGAGAUUCGAAUCAUUGCUGCUCAAGCUCUUACAACCAUGGCAAUCAGGUCUGGUGAGCCUUUUAGGCUACAGAUCUAUGAAUUCUUACAUACUUUGGCACAGGGUGGGUUGCAGUCUCAAUUUUCAGAGAUGCAUCUCAGUAAUGGGGAAGAUCAAGGAGCCAGUGGCACUGGCCUUGGAGUUCUAAUAAGUCCUAUGAUAAAGGUUCUUGAUGAAAUGUACAGAGCACAAGAUGAUUUGAUAAAGGAAAUACGGAAUCAUGACAACACAAAAAAGGAAUGGACAGAUGAAGAACUUAAGAAACUGUAUGAAACCCAUGAGAAGUUGCUGGAUCUUGUUUCCAUGUUUUGUUACGUCCCAAGAGCAAAGUAUCUACCUUUGGGGCCAAUAAGUGCAAAACUUAUUGACAUCUAUCGCACGCGGCACAAUAUAAGCGCAUCAGCUGGUUUCAAUGAUCCCGCUGUUGCCACUGGAAUUUCUGAUCUUGUCUAUGAAUCUAAACCAGCUGCUACUGAGCCUGAUACUCUCGAUGAUGACCUAGUAAAUGCUUGGGCUGCAAAUCUUGGUGAUGAUGACUUGUUGGGAAACAAUGCACCGGCAAUGAACAGGGUUAAUGAAUUUCUUGCUGGUGUGGGAGCUGAUGCUCCUGAUGUUGAGGAGGAGAACAUCAUCUCUAGACCUUCAGUUAGUUAUGAUGAUAUGUGGGCGAAGACACUUUUAGAGACUUCAGAACUAGAGGAAGAUGAUGCAAGGUCAUCUGGGACAUCUUCGCCGGAGUCAACAGGAUCAGUUGAAUCUUCUAUAUCAUCCCACUUUGGUGGAAUGAGCUACCCUUCAUUGUUCAGUUCACGGCCAAACACAUAUGGCGCUUCACAAACUUCAGAGAGGUCAGCGGCAAGCAGGUUUAGCAAUCCUUCCACUGGUGGUGCCUCAAUGUAUGAGGGUAUAGGUUCUCCGAUAAGAGAAGAGCCUUCGUCAUAUGCAUAUGAGUCAUUUGAGAACCCCUUAGCUGGGCGUGGAUCACAAAGUUUUGGGUCCCGAGAAGAGGAGCGCAGUUCAUCUGGAAAUCCAAAGUUUGGAACGGCACUCUACGACUUCACUGCAGGUGGAGAUGAUGAGUUAAAUUUAACAGCUGGAGAAGAGGUGGAGAUUGAGGACGAAGUGGAUGGCUGGUUUUAUGUGAAAAAGAAACGCCCUGGGAGGGAUGGCAAGAUGGCCGGGCUGGUACCGGUCCUAUACGUCAAUCAACCUUAAGUGCAGCAAUCUUGUGUCCAGCAAUAUAUCUGCCAAGUAGGUGUUUCAUUAGUUGUUUCUCCUUCUGCGCCAUUGUAGGAGACGAUACUACGGCAUGAAGUCUUUAUUGAGACUAUCUUCAGCAAUUUAAUCCCCAACCUUCAUUGAUCGUGCAUCUUGGUGGAGCUCUAUUUGAGUGGUGAUCUUGUGCAUGCUUCCUGAAAGUUUCAUACCAGCUUUUUGCUAUAUAAAAUAUCCGAGACAACAAAACAUCCAGACCCUUUUUUCAGCUGUGGAAUUUCCCGAGAGAAUGAGUUAGUGUGUUGUUCCUUUGUUCAUAGUGGUUAUUUGUACCAUAUACAUUUUCCAACGGCAUCCAGAUUUGCAGCAUAUAUAUACAGGUUUUGAUGGUGUAACUACAAAUGAGUAUCCAUGAUUUUCUAGUGAAUGAAUUUUAGGUUUCUUUUCUUGCU